CAUUUGCCGGCGUGCCACAAUGAGUCACAAUGACGUCGGUCUGACUGGCCACAGGCAAGGCGUGCAAGCACAUGAGCGACCGGGGAAACACACACUCGUCUCCAACCCUCUCUUCCUCUCUACACACAUACACAUACUCAUAUCAUGCUGCGCGCACUCUCCGGAGCCCGUCUUGCGGCACCCUCGCUCUCGUCCGAACUGCCGCGUAUGGCGGCAGCAUUUCAUCUGCAUCCGCGCCAGCAGUAUGUUCACCGCCGCGGACCGCCGCCAGAGGCUGACACACCAUCGUCGAUCAUGACAGCGGCCAUGGGUGCUGUGGCGGCCAUCGGCGUUGUCGGCGCCAUUGUCCUCAACUCAAAGUCAUCGCAAAACCGCAAGGGCAAGACUGUCGAGUUUGUCCAGCCUCCCGACGCACUCCCCUCUCUCGAGCCCGAUGGCGCCUUUGAUGCCGACGACGAGUCGUUCCUCGCCCACUCGUCGUCGUACGAGAACCAGCGCGGGCCUGCCGAUGCCAUCGAGGUAUAUGAUGGCGCAAAGCACACCACGGUCACCGCCGACUCGGCGGCAACAGACGGCACCCGCAUGCUCAACAUCCUCAACGAGCCGGUCAAGGUCCGCGUCGGCGAUGGCGAGUGGGUCACCGUCACCCGCGUCAUGCUCGACACCGGCAAUCUCGGGCCGACUCUCAUUCUUCCGCGCCUGGCCGAACGCAUCGGUCUCGAGCCCAAAGCCCGCAUGAUGCCGGUUGUCUCAGUCGGCAUCCAUGGCGACGCCCGCACUCUCCCGUCGGCCAAGGCCAAGGUGUGGAUCAAAAACGUCGAGCUCGACGUUGUCGUCACCCUCGGCGAGGUUCCGCUUGCCGACUACGAAAUGGUCCUGGGCAAGGACGUGCUCAAGGUCCUGUUUGAUCGUGGCUUUGUCAUCGGCGCGUACUGAUCGUAUCCUCCCCCCCUCACACACACGCACCUAUUUCCAUCCAAUUGUAAAACUACGAAACGGUG